AUGGCGACGGCUCGAAGAUGGGCGCGCAAGAUCGAGCGUGGAUGCUGUACUUUUGCGACAUACUUUCCCCUGGUGUUUGUGUACGGAUUGACAUCAUGGGCUGUCUGGGUGGUAGUCAGUAUUGGCAACGUUAGCCGGAAGAGCAGCUGGAUAGGCAACGGUUCUUCGAUGGUAGGCGUUGCGCUCUUUCUCAUGCUCAACUGGUGCUAUACCACUGCCGUCUUUACACCUCCCGGCUCGACGACGAACGAUAUGGGCUACGGCCUCCUCCCAACACAAAACACCCCCCAAGCGAGUUCCUUUACAGUCAAGAGCAAUGGAGAAUUCCGGUUCUGCAAAAAGUGUCAAGCUCGUAAGCCUGACCGCGCCCACCACUGCUCAACAUGUCGACGAUGCGUGCUCAAGAUGGAUCACCACUGUCCCUGGUUGGCAACCUGUAUCGGUUUGCGCAACCACAAGGCGUUUCUUCUCUUCCUGAUCUAUACGACCCUUUUUUGCUUCUGGGCAUUCGCUGUGAGUGGAUCAUGGGUUUGGUACGAAGCGUUGGAUGACCAGGAAUACAUCGAAACUUUCCUACCUGUCAACUUCAUAAUGUUAAGCGUCAUCAGUGGAAUUAUCGGCCUCGUGGUAGGCUGCUUCACAGGAUGGCAUAUUCAUCUGGCUCGUUGCGGACAGACUACGAUUGAGUGUCUCGAGAAGACUCGCUACCUUUCGCCACUACGCAAAACGUACAACUCUGCCCACGACCCUGAGAACGGAGUACCAGAGGCUGCGCGUCACUUUGUCGACUUUCACACAAACGCCCUACCUGGAAUUACCCGUCCCGAGGAGGGUGAGGAGCGACGAAUGGAACCUUCACCUCGAUCAUAUCCCACCGAUGGCUCUCAUCCCGUUCAAAUGUCUUACGCCCAGCGAGAGCGGGAACAACGGCAAAAGCGCUAUGAAGAAUAUCUCGACGAACAAGACUCGGAAAAGCUCCCCAAUGUUUUCGACCUUGGCUGGAAGCGCAACUUGACUCAUCUCUUUGGUCCUACCCCCGUGCUAUGGUUCUUCCCUGUCUCCAACACUACAGGAGAUGGCUGGACCUGGGAAGCAAGUAGCAGGUGGCUUGAAGCUCGUGACCGACUUCGAGCUGAGCGAGAACAGCAGCGACUUCGUGAGGUCAACGCUGGCUGGGGAUCGCCAGAUGAUAUUCCGGACAUUCCAGAGCGACCAACAGGUGCAGGACGACACUUCACUCCCGGUCCAAAGCUUGCAGGACCAAAGUCGAUGAGUAAGGCUGAUCGAGUCCUCGGCCGAGACCCAAACCUCUAUGCCGAUGCCACACAAGAUGUGCCUAUGGAUCGUCUCAGUCCCCGCGGUCGCACGGUAGAAGAUGAAUUAGCAGACCUGGACAGCGAUGAUGAGGGUUUCCUCGAUGCCAACAACCCCGAGGCAGCAGGCGCUGGCAAGCUCAGCUCAAACUUCACAUCCAAUGCUCAACGUCGUGACGACGCUGAAGCCCGCGCCCUCGAGGUUGUUACCAACGGUAACUGGGGCCGUGGUGGUGCAAGUGGUAUGCUCCGUAAGGGAAGUUCUCAGAGCAGUCCCAGCAACCUCAGCCGUUCAGGGACUCCUAAGUUUACAGAUGAGGGCGUUGACUAG